AUGAACGUCCCAUUCGCUCUCCUCCAAAGGCCGCUCCUCCAGCUUGGCCUGCGCGCCGUCUGCGCCCAGCCAUCAUCUCGUGCCGCGACACGCCUCCUCUCGACAUGCAUCACCUCGACGACGACAACGACGACGACAGCGACGUCGACGACGAAAACCACACACACACGCUGCCUCGACGGCACUGCACAUGGACUGCCGCGCUUUGGCAGCAGAGCGGACACCCAAUGGCCCAGUGCGAGGACAUAUGCAACCACCCGCACCAUCGUCAUUGAUCGCUACGAAGACCUGCCCGACGACUAUGUCGACAAGGACGGCCUGCCGUUUCGCACGACCGAGCUGUCGUCGGCCGAGGUGAAGAAGAUCUUCGGACCCAGGACCAAGAGCGUCAACGCCAACCGCCUGCUGAGGAUACUGCACGGCCGCCGGGUCGCGGGCACCCUGAAAGACCCGGCCUACAGCGGCAACACCUUCUCUUUCACCAAGGACGAGAAGCUCAGGGCCAUGGCCUAUCUGCGGAAGAGUGUUCCCGUUGACGAGGUUCUCAACGAGGGUCUGCGCGCCGAGGACGAGCUGCGCGAGCUCGAGCAAGAGGCGGCCGGCGAGGUCAUGGCAGACGGCGACGGUGCAGCGCCGCCCCAGACGACGCAGCAGCAGCCCCAAGACCAACAACCGCAGCCGCUGCGUCGCAAGUCCGACUCGGUAUACGGCGACAGCGUCUUCGACAACAUCCGCGCCAGGAACAUCGCCAAGCGCGAGGAGCGCGAGCGCAUCGAGGCCGAAGAGCGCGCCGAACGCGAGCGCCUGAACCCGGGGCCCCUGGCCAAGCUCUCCGACGGCCAACCGCGCCAACUGUCGCCGCAGCUGCAAAAGUGGUCCGACGCCGCGACGUCCAACCUCGAGGCGCCCCCCGAGAUGACGCACGUGGAGCGCCUGCUGCCGCCGACGACCCUCGUCGUCCUCGUCGUCGCCGCCCUCGCCGGCUUCGCCGCCGUCUACACGCCGCCCGCCCAGCACGACCGCCUCUUCCCCGAGGUCUCGUUGGCGACCGCCACCGUUGCCACCCUCAUCGGUCUCAACGCCCUCGUCUUCCUCGCCUGGCGCAUCCUCGGCUUCCCGCCGGCGCCCCUCGAGGGGCCCCAGGGCCUCGCCUUCCUCGGCCUCAUCGUCGGCGUCCACGUCUUUGCUUUUCUGCGGCCCAAGACGACCAUUGACCUCAUGUCCCACAUGGCCGGCAUGGCCGUCGGCAUCCUCGGCGCGUAUCCCUCCCGCACCGGGAACGAAGCCCCCACGGUGGAACCCCCGCCGCCGCUGCUGCUGCUCCUGCUCCUGCUCCUGCUUCUGCCGCGUCGGACAUGA